CCCAUUCCGAUUUGUUCGCCUCCCACCGACCAUGGGACGCAGUCCCGAGGUCGAAAGGCUCAGAGCAUUGGCGAUCAAGAUUCAAUGGCUCGAGGCAGGCGGUAACUGGAAGGCACACUACCUUAAGCGGACCCGAAUGUUCAAGACCCUCAGAGCACUGUCGUCGCAUGUCUUGCAGAUGUAUCAUAAUGGUCUUGUGUUCCUUUCGGAUGUGGAGCAAAAAGGCUAUUUCGACGCUCCUCCUUGGGUUGUUCCGCGAUCUUCUGACCCUGUCCAGUUCCUCAGACACAAUCACCAUGAACAGAAGCUCAUUGUCGAAAUGUCCAACCUGAAGUAGCUCCCUAGCCGCAAGAAAACACUGUCGCCGUAAACACCGCCCAACUCAAUCAAAUGUUUCCUGAUGAUAACACCACGAUCGUUGGUCCAAGCCCUGAAAGAAGAUCCCCCUUAGAGUUGCUGCGGUCCCGCAGCGCCUCCUUAGGGGGGUUGUUCCAGCAACUAUCUGUCUUUGCCUUGUGUUCCGGCUGCCUGUGCGGAGGCCCUCU